AUGAAAGUUCUCCAGGAGAGCUCUCGCGAUCUCCGCGUUCAGGUCUUCUCUCGCCCCGAUAAUGUCUUGUUUCCAUUCAUUCAAGACGUCCAUUGGGUGACAGAAGAUCCUAGAAAAGUUCACGGGCCGAGCCCGACGAUAGAAUGCGCCGGACUCUUCAAGAGGUGCUCUUUGUGCAUUCAACACGCUCUAUGUCGCAGCCUUCCAUCCGCAUUGCGGCAGAAAUACCUACAACACGACCAUCCCUACGUGAAUCCGCAGUCAGAGCGAGAAGCUCCACUGAUCUCGCGAGUCGCGCUCGAUCUGAUGCAAAGAAACUAUGAGGAUGCUUUCACGAAUAUGAUCUCCCACGCCAAGGAGAAAACAAAUCCCUUCCGAAUCGCCACGGGAACGGGGGACUGUCAUCGGGAUCCAGUCAAACAACGAUCGAGUCGGAUACUCAUAGAAGAAAUGGAAAACACUCUGAGCAGUCCCUUCGCGGAAUUCGAUGAGGUUGAGGUUCAUACGUCCCCGAAUGGGCUCGGCUCACAGCUGCCGGACUCGCCUGAUGCGAUGGAAAAUCCAUCACAAGGCGGGAGUUCCUUCCCGGUGAAAAUUCGACGCGGCGCGGAAGCCCCGACGGCGGAUUCGCUCAUCGAGAGAGAUAGCUCAAGAGCGCGACCCUUGCUCGGCGGCGCGACCGGACCCAAUCCACACGAGGAACAGAUCUCCAAUCGUCUCCGGAGAGAGGGGGCUCAAACUCAUGUCAGCGAUUACAAAUCACACCUGUUACAGAAAACGGGAGUCACGACUUCGAGACAAGAUCCAGGGGCUUCGAAUUUGAAGGCAUGCAGAGCUCCGUGGCCUCGUGGCACUUAUCCAAGUUCGUUGGGAUCAGGAGAGACCUUGACAUCAGCAAGGGCAACUGAGAGAAAUGACUUCGCUCGACCCGGGUCAUGCCGCAUCGGAGGCAGCGCAUCGGAGCUUACGUCUCAAUCGCAUCUCAGCGACGCGACGCAUCUCUACGUGUCUGCGAAACGCCAAUUUUCGAAUGCUGCCUCGAAUACCGGCGGUGAGCGAGGCCUCACUCGAACGAUCAACGCUCCGAGCCCAUUCCAUUGGAAGACGCCGUACGUUGGCCCCACGGAGAAUUUGCCGCCAUCGAAUCAGGUGCGGCCAAUGCAACCGUUCGAAGUUCCUCCGCGCUUCGAUCAGCUGAACCCGCGAGUAAACUUCCCCGGUCCCUGCUCGAAUACUUUCGGCAUCUCAAGCGGCGUCGGGCUCCCACCGAGAAUUCCGAAUUCCGAGUUCUAUAGUGACCCACCAGGAGCGAACCGCAUCUCGGCGAGGUGUCCCGUCUGCGGGAUCACUUUCCGAACGUUCGGUGUCGUCAAAGGGAAGUUCUCGCGGGUCACACACGUCAAUCCUCAGGGCCGUUUAAGAGAUCAUAUGGCGUUACACAGAGCCGACGGUCUCGAUUGUGUAUUCCCUUCGUGCAGAGGAAUCGUUUUCGACCAUCGGGAUGAGUUGAUCGCCCACAUGGACGCGCACAGACAAGCACUCAUCUUUGCGGGCGUCGAGCGCUGGGAGAACCAGAGUUCAUCUUCGGUAUCCUUGCCGCGCUUCCUGAGGAAAAAGCCGAAUCUGACGUGUGAGAUUUGCCUCAUCGAUUUUAAUUGGAGAACGACGCUAUCUGGAAUGCCGAGCCACACCGAGCGGUACAUAAAACAUUGUGAACGGCAUUUAGUCAAAAUGGGCGAGAACGAUUAUUGCCCAUGGCAAUGCGCCUUACGCAGCUGUGAGAAAAAAUUCACUUCUCAACACGCACUGGAGGAACACAUGUGGAUGGUUCAUGCCGCAUCGUGCCACUGCUCGACUUGCGAUUGGAUCGUUUGGGGCGAGACCGACGAAGUUAAUCUCCACCGAACGCAUUGCACUUGCACCGCACAAUUAUUAGCCGAUGGUGACUCUAAACCAUUUGGCAUGAGAUUGGCGACUCGGCACGCGGCCACAGCAGCGAGCGCUCCCGGUCAGUCGUGCAACGAAUAUGCGGAGUCAGCUGCGAAAAAUUCUUCCGCGGUUCCCUUCGCACGCAUCGCACUUGCCGAAGCCAAGCCGCGGCUGAAGUGGCUGAGGAACAAGACAUCGAAGUCUGCUGGUGAGCCUGCAUCGUCUAAAUUCGAUACCGCCUCGUCAGCGAAUCAUCUGAUGCGAUUCACCUACUAUUGCGAUUUCUGCGGAGCGCCGUUCCGAAGUCAUCAUCUGAAGCAGUACCAACGACACGUUCAAAGUCACCUCCCCGAUAAGCAGCUCAGCUGCGUCAUCUCAGACUGCGACCGUCGCUUCGACUCAUUAGAGGAGCUCCAUUCGCAUGUCAAGACGAAAUUGAGCACAUGCCGUUACUGUGGAGCCGUUCUGUUUCUCAAUUACAAAAAACACAUUCUCACCUGUCGUCCUCUGCACGAAAUCAAGAAGCAGCGUUUGCUCAAAGAGGAGUUCGCAAAAAUCAAAUACGAGCCCCUACGGCAAGAAGAUCUCCACUGGUCCCACAGGAAGCUUUGCCGCUCGAACCCUAGUCCAGAGCGAGGUUCCGAGAUUCCGGAGUCCGAGAGCCAGGAAUGUUUUCUCCGCAAUUUGAACCUUAUCAAAGGUGAUUCGGAAACGAUCACGGAAAAGACCCGAAAACACGAAAUGCUGCGGAGCCAAAUUCACGUCGCGAACGGCAAAGGACGGCGAGCCUGCACGGAAAAGACGUCGUGCGUCAAAUGUGGCCGCAUCUUCAGGAACGGACUCAAUCUGCGCGAACACAUGCGAGGGUACCACAAUGCCCGUGACUUUUGA